GGCAUACACAUUGAAGAGCAUACGGCAUAUAAACCAUUCCAUUCCUAAACAAAAGCUAAAUAUUCCGAUUAAUCUUCAUAUAAAAUCACCACCAACACAACCCAUUUCAAUCGCAUUCUCCCACAGCCGCCGCCUAAUUUUUUCUUCAUUGAUUCCAUUCUGAUUCUUCAAAGUUUUCUGAGUUUUCGUCUCAAUCGAUCGGAAAGAAUAUGGAUCAAAUGGCGACUGAUCAGAGCCUGCAACUAGUAGGUACGAAGAGGCCGAAAACGAAGAUUGUUUGUACUUUGGGACCUGCAUCUCGAUCGGUUCCAAUGGUUGAGAAGUUGUUGAAGGCAGGGAUGAACGUUGCUCGCUUCAAUUUCUCUCAUGGAUCGUUUGAAUAUCAUCAGGAAACUCUCGAUAAUCUCCGACAAGCCAUGGAUAACACCGGGAUCCUCUGCGCCGUCAUGCUCGACACCAAAGGUCCAGAGAUUCGAACAGGGUUUCUGAAAGAUGGGAAGCCAAUACAACUAAAACAAGGUCAAGAAAUCACGAUUUCCACUGAUUACACCAUUAAAGGAGAUGAGAACACGAUUUGCAUGAGCUACAAGAAGCUAGCACACGAUGUGAAGCCACAGAGUGUGAUACUCUGUGCAGAUGGAACCAUUUCGUUUACUGUUCUUUCUUGUGACAUUGAGAAUGGGUUAGUUCGUUGUCGAUGUGAGAACACUGCUGUUCUUGGUGAAAGAAAGAAUGUUAAUCUUCCUGGAGUGAUUGUUGAUCUUCCUACUUUGACUGAGAAAGAUAAAGAAGAUAUAAUGAAAUGGGGUGUUCCUAAUAAGAUCGAUAUGAUUGCUCUUUCUUUUGUUAGAAAAGGCUCGGAUCUUGUUGAAGUUCGCAAGUUGCUUGGAGAACAUGCCAAAAACAUCCUUCUCAUGUCAAAGGUGGAGAACCAAGAAGGUGUAGCCAACUUCGACGACAUCCUUCUCAAUUCCGAUGCAUUCAUGGUAGCACGUGGCGACCUCGGAAUGGAAAUCCCAAUCGAAAAAAUCUUCUUAGCACAAAAAGUGAUGAUCUACAAAUCCAACCUCCAAGGAAAACCCGUAGUCACCGCCACCCAAAUGCUCGAAUCCAUGAUCAAAUCCCCCCGCCCCACUCGCGCCGAAGCCACCGACGUCGCCAACGCUGUCCUCGACGGCACUGACUGUGUCAUGCUCUCCGGAGAAACCGCCGCCGGCGCCUACCCAGAACUCGCCGUCCAAACCAUGGCCAAAAUAUGCAUCGAAGCCGAAAACACCAUCAACUACAAAGACCUUUUCAAAAGAAUCGCCGCCAACGUCCCCAUCCCAAUGAGUCCACUCGAAUCCCUCGCCUCCUCCGCUGUCCGCACCGCCAUCGCGUCCAAAGCGACCCUCAUUUUGGUGCUCACGCGAGGCGGCACCACCGCGAAGCUGGUGGCUAAGUACCGCCCAGGGAUCCCGAUUCUGUCGGUGGUGGUCCCGGAGAUUCAAACGGAUUCUUUUGAUUGGUCGUGUAGCGAUGAGUCGCCCGCGAGACAUAGUUUGAUUUUUAGGGGGUUGAUUCCGGUUUUGAUUGCGGGGUCCGCUAGGGCUUCGCAUGAUGAGUCCACUGAAGAGGCGAUUGAGUUUGCUUUGAAACAUGCCAAGGAGAAAGGGUUGUGUCAAGAUGGAGAUGCGGUUGUUGCGUUGCAUCGUGUGGGGACUGCUUCUAUUAUCAAGAUUGUGACAGUGAAGUAAGGAAUUGGAAUAUUGGAUUGGAUUGUGGCCAUUUUUGCCUGUUUGUGGGUUACUACUAUUAAUAGUCGAUGGGUUUUGUAUCGACAAACUGGAUUAUUGCAUUUAUGUUUGAUUUGAGAAACUUAUACGUAAACGCUUAAUGCGCUUUCCGGCAUUUUAGUCGCAAUUUUGCU